CGGCGCGACGCCAUGGAAGUGGUGGAGGCCGCUGCCGCUCAGUUGGAAACUCUGAAAUUUAAUGGCACCAGUUUGGGAGAUAGCCAGGGUCAGGCGGUGCUGUCUCCGAGCUGUGUACCUGUCCCAGACCCUCGGCCGCCACCACAGUCGAAUGAGCGGUCCCCGGACACCGGCCAGGCCGCGGAGGCUCAGCCUGCAGAGGAACAGCCGCCAGAACUCGCGCCGCAAUCAAGGCCAGAACCUCCACAGGGAGGGAACUGCGUCACCGGCUCAGGCUCCGCAGAGCAGGCGCGGACCCCAGACUCUCUAGAGACCUCGGACUCGGAUUCAGACUCGGACAGUGACACAGAUUCAGAUAGUUCAAGCUCCUCCUCGUCCUCAUCAUCUUCCUCAUCAUCGUCCUCUCGUCUGUCACUUCCUCCACUGCUGUCAGAUGGAGAAGAUGAUUUACAAGUUGAGAAGGAAAAUAAGAAUUUCCCUCUUAAAACAAAAGAUGAAUUACUCCUUAACGAACUACCUUCUGUUGAAGAACUCACUAUUAUCCUGCCUGAAGAUAUUGAAUUAAAGCCUCUUGGGAUGGUUUCAAGUAUUAUUGAGCAAUUAGUAAUAAUUGAAUCCAUGACUAACCUACCUCCGGUUAAUGAAGAGACUGUAAUUUUUAAAAGUGAUCGACAGGCAGCAGGAAAGAUAUUUGAGAUAUUUGGACCUGUUGCACAUCCAUUUUAUGUGUUACGUUUUAAUUCUUCAGAGCACAUUGAGAGUAAAGAUAUUAAAAUAAAGGAUACUAUGUAUUUUGCUCCAUCAAUGAAAGACUUCACCCAAUACAUAUUCACAGAAAAACUUAAACAGGAUAGGGGAUCAGAUGCGUCAUGGAAGAAUGAUCAGGAACCACCACCAGAAGCCUUAGAUUUCAGUGAUGAUGAAAAGGAAAAAGAAGCCAAACAGAGGAAAAAAUCUCAGAUUCAAGGCCGGAAAAAAUUCAAGUCUGAGUCUAAUGAAUCAAGUGAAAACUUUUCAGAAGUACAUCAGAAUUGGAAUGCUCACAGCUCUGCUUCAGAGCACUCAAAAGGAUAUCGCAACAGAGAAUUCACACGAGGAUUUUCCCGGGGUAGAUAUCCUCGACCUUGCCAUGGCAGGCCUCCAUCGCCACAGUUUUAUAACUCAGAACAGAUGGUGUUUCAGGAGACUUCAGGAUUUCCACCUCAGAGACCAGAUAAUACUAUCAUGCCACAGUAUCCUUUUCCUCCGCCGGUGUUUGACAUGCAUAAUUUUUCACUCCCUCCUCCUCUGCCACCACUCCCACCACCUCCACCGCCUGCAUCUGUAAACCUGGGUUGGGCCACACCAAACAUGGCACCUCAUCCAUUAAUUCCCUUACCAUACUCCAUCCCCCCACCCCCUCCCCCGCUGCCUCCACCUCCUUCUUCUGGAGAUAGUAAUUCUUCUCACUUUGGAUCCUACUACUAGGGGAAUGUAUACAUUUCUGGAGAAAUGUAGACUUUUUAUAUGGGAAGGAUUUUUUUUUUUUUUAAAGAAAGCAAUUAUGGAGCUAGAUUUUUAACACUGUAAAAUACUAAAUGAUUCCUUCAGUCGUGACUUGAUAUAUAUUUGUAACCUUUGUGAAAUUGUAUCAUUAUGAAAAUUUCACCUUUGUGGAGGGGGAUAUCCAAUUAUGUAAUAUUUAAUUAAAACUUUGAAUCCAUGCUUUCCCUAUUUCUGCUCAAUUAAAUAGUGUAUAUAGGUCUAAUAGAUCUGGAGCAACUUUCAUCAUGGGUUAAAGUAUAUUGAACACAUUGUCUUCUUGAUAUAUCUGAAAAUAAGAUGCUGAAAUCCUAUUGAGAGUCUUUAAAAUAAACUAUUUUUACAAAUGUA